AUGUCCCUUCUCCACGCCCUCGUCUCGCGCGGAACCACAAUUCUAGCUGAGCACGCCACCGGCGACAGCGUGCUCAAGCCAGCGGCCAAGAUUACUAUCCUCUCCAAGAUCCCGCCCAACAACUCAAAGCUGACCUACGUGUGGCAGGACCGGCUGAUUCAUUAUGUCUCAUCGGACGGGGUCAUCUACCUUGUUAUGGCGGACGACAGUGUCGGACGCCGCAUGCCCUUCGGCUUCCUGGCUGAGGUGGAGCGUCGCUUCACGGCCGAGUACUCGCCCGACGCAAUCUCGGCAGCGGGUGACCAUGGACUGGAUGACUUUGAGAGCGAGCUGGCCCGACUCAUGCACCAGUACACAGAGAACCCGCCAGCCGAUCCUCUCAAGCAGGCGCAGAGCGAUCUCAGCAACGUCAAGGACAUUAUGGUGCAGAACAUUGACUCGAUCCUGCAGCGCGGCGAGCGGCUUGACCUCCUCGUUGACAAGACGGACACGCUAGCCGGGCAGGCGUAUGCUUUCCGGCGCGGGGCGCGUUCGGUGCGCCGUCAGCAGUGGUGGAAGAAUACGCGCAUCACGGCUCUCACCGCUUUUGUCUGCGUGCUUCUUAUCUACCUCUUCAUUGCUCAGUUCUGCGGCGCGUCGCUCUCGCAUUGUGGCAGCUCCUAAUCCUUCUUCUUGUAUAGAGUUUUCAUUGUUGUACCAUGAUGUCGUAUGCACAUCCUGUCGUCUG